GAAAUAAAGCCCAGCGGAGGAAGGAGGCAGAGGAAGAAAUUGACGACCAUGUCUAUGGAUUUUGGCAUGAUGAGGUUUAGAUGAAGGAGGCAGAGGAUGAAACAGUAGCCGGACGAAACGCUGUUGCCUCGCUGACAUCGAGCCGAUAGCUACAUCUCGGAUUUCUACCUCUCACUUGCGCGAGAUGGGAACCCUGCUUUCCGACGGUUUCCUUCUGCGCCAAUCCAUCUUCUCUCUUUCUUCACGACUGGCAUCCACCAAAAACCCUAUCUUUGUUCACUUGGCUCGCCGGAGAUGUAACUGGAAAUUGAAGCCUUUCGCUCUUUCCUGUUCUGUGUACGCAUCAUCCGAUCCAGAUUUUUUAAUUUACGGCGGCUGGGAGGAACUGGAGCUUACGGACGACGCAGGAAACUCUGGUAUGUUGGAGCCAUUUCGAAGUUUCGUAAUUUCUUUAGGAAUUGAUGAUAAGAAGCACGCCUUGCCCUUUCUUCUGGGUUUUCUCGCGGCUUUGACGGUAUCCAGGGUUAGGUUUUUCACCAUUGCUUUUCUUCCCGUCUCAUUUGUUGUGUUUCUUGUUGGGUUUGCAAUUGGAGUGGCACAGGCUGGUUUUUUGGUUAAGAAAAUGGGAAUAAAUGGAGGUGGUUUAGGUGUUUUUAUGGAGAGAUUAAAGCGUCUGGAAACUUUGUUUAAUGAUGUGGAUGGUAAGAUGUCAUAUUUAAGGAAGGGGCUCGAAGGAGGCAUUGAUGCGAAUGAGCUAGGAAUGGGCGGUUCAGAGAAUUAUCUUCAGAUUGUUGAGUAUGUUACAACUGUUAUUGGGGAAGCGCAAAAAUGUUUGACUGAUUCUUUCAAUAAUGACCCUUUUAACGGCCAUAUUGAUUUUGAUUUUGGGGCCAAGAAGAAGAAUAAGAGGUCAAGCAAUAAAACAGUGGAAUCGUGGGCUAGUGGUACUGAUUUUUUACGGUUUUUGACUGACAUGCUCCGUAAAUCUCUGGUUGGAUCAAAUUCAACAAAACCAAAGGAUACCAUUACAGAGAAGCUUGGCCAGCAGUUGAAUCCAGUGGAUGCAAAAAGUCCUUUUUUAGUCUCAGAGAGAGAAAUGAUUGCAGGAACUGAAAUAGGGGCGUCAAGUAGAAGUCAACUGCGCAGCUUCAAUCAAGUAAGCUCUAAUGUUGAAGAAUAUGGAAUGCAUUCCAAUGGAAAACGGAGGAGAACAGAAAGAAAUAUACCAGAAAAGGACACUAUCCCUAAUGAUGAUUCGUCGCUGAACGGUGCUAAUUAUAAUUUUGAAAUUGGUAAUUUUGGUAGUAAUAUGCUUUCAUUUGAUGAAGAAGAUGACAGAAACAGUAGUAGUAGUUUGCACCAUACGACUAAGCAUAACAGCUUUCAAAAAGUUGUUUUUGAGCAAAAUUAUGAAAGAAAAACAUUGAAUAAUCACUUACAUGAUUUAGCAGUUGGUAACAUCUUUCAGAAGAGAACAAAGAAUGUGAAGCAUUUAACAAUGAAAUCCAAAUCUUCUCUGCUUGAAAACACUUUAGAGAUUCAAAAUAGGAUGCAUCAGCCUUCUUGUAGAACUGAAUCCAUUGAACAAAAAGAAAAACAAAUCAAUGGAUUUGAUUUUGAAGAAAGCUCCUCAAAUAUUUCAAUGGAUGAGAAGUUCGCAGAUAACAUAAAUGAGGCAUCUAUUCUUUUGAAGCGUGCGAGAGAGUACAUGAUGACUCAAGCUGGCGAAGAAGAAGCAGAUGCUACAUUGUAUAAAGCUGCAAACUUGCUUUCUGCUGCCAUAGUUCUGAGGCCAAUGAGCUUAGUUGCUGUGGGACAGUUGGGGAAUACUUAUCUCCUUCAUGGGGAACUGAAAUUGAAGGUUACUCGGGAGCUAAGAACUCUUCUAUUGAGAAGUGGUUCCUUGGGGCUUAGAAAAAGUGAUAGUUUUGCUACAAGUAGAGAGGAAAUUGCAUCCGUUCUGGUUUCCGUAUGUGAAGAAUGUGAAGGCCUUCUUGUUAAUGCAGGAAGAAAAUAUAGAAGAGCUUUAUCAAUAGAUGGGAGUGAUGUUAGAGCUCUUUAUAAUUGGGGACUUGCUCUUUGCUCUCGUGCUCAAUUAAUUGCUGACGUUGGGCCAGAGGCGGCCAUGGAUGCUGACAAGAUAUAUUUGGCUGCAAUUGAUAAAUUCAAUGCUAUGAUGUCGGGAAGUAAUGAUUUUGUGCCAGAUGCUCUGUAUAGGUGGGGCAUGGUACUGCAGCAGCGAGCUCAUCUCCGUCGAAAGAACAGCCGGGAGAAGUCGAAGCUUCUGUAUCAAGCGAAGUCCCUCUUCGAGGAAGUUCUCUCCAUGGAUUCAGAUAAUCAACAGGUUAGACAUGCUCUGGUUUCGUGCAUAUCGGAGCUCAACAACGACCAAUUUUGAGCGUGUGGCAGAUAAUUCGAUGAAACCUCGAAAGAUUUGAUCUCUAUGGACUGCUCAUUUCUUCUCAGGGAAAUUUACAUGCGUAGCACACAUUUCUUAUGGUUUUACAUGUCUCACACCUAAACUUUCAUAUUUACUAAUACAUCAUUUUGAUACUUUAAAACUGUACGAAAAUGUGUAUUUCAUU